AUGCCGGCCAGCAAGACCCCAAUCGGUACUACAGAGCUCACAGUUCAGGGCCUUGGUGUUGUGAAGGGCCUGAGCUUCCCUAACAACAUCCACCAAUUCAGCGGCAUCCCUUACGCAUCGCUCUCCAAGCGUUGGACACGUUCACAAAUCAGGACUUCAUGGCCCAACGAUUUUCACGAUGGGACAAAACUGGGACCCAGUGCGCCGAACCCGCCAGAGUACAAUACACCUGAAGAUAUCCUUGUCCCAGUUGACAUUGCGCCCCAUUUUGAAGAGCCAAUUGAAGAUGAGCUCAACUGCCUUGUCGUGAACAUCACAACACCAAGACUGGGUUCUGACUCUGGUGCGAAGUUGCCCGUGAUGGUUUAUAUCCAUGGCGGAUCUUUUCUUUUCGGCGGUGCCAAUAAGGGCGUCUUUGAUUGCGUCAACUUGACGACCUUUGCAGCAGCCCGCAACACGCCUGUUGUCACAGUCAACCUCAACUAUCGUGUCGGCCUCGGCGGUUUUCUCGCAUCAGCCGCGAUCAAGCAAGAUAUAGAGCGCGGUGGUCUUGAAGGUGUGGGCAAUUUUGGCCUUUACGAUCAGCAGGUUGCCUUGCGUUGGGUGGAACGAUACAUCACCUCGUUUGGCGGUGAUCCAGACAACGUUACCAUUUUCGGCGAGUCUGCUGGCGGUAUGAGUGUUUCUCACCACAUUGCUGCUAAGGAUCCAGCCCCCUUCCAUCGCGCCAUCGCUAUGUCUGGUCAUUUGAACACCAUCCAGACUUGGCCAUUGGAGCAUCACGAAAAGCAUUACCGCGCGUUGUUGAGAUAUCUUGGCAUUGAUGCGGACUCUCCUUCUGCCCUCGAUCAGCUUCGAAGUAUCCCUGAGGCUGUCGUAGCUGCUGCAACAAUCCCAGUGGAGGGUCUCCUCAACGCCACAGGCAAUCCAUGCGAUGAUGGCGUUUUCCAUAAGACAAAGCCUACCGCGAACGGUAUUACUUCACCUCCCGCGUGGCUUAAGAGCUACAUGGUCGGAGAUACUACCGACGAAGCUAUGAUCUUCACUGAAGAUCUUGCUGGGGAAACCUUUGACUCGUGGAGAGCUGGAAUGAAGAAGUUCUUGAAUGAAGAGGCUACUGAUGAGAUCCUUGAUCUCUAUGGUGUCACUCCUGAUCUCUCGAAAGAGGAGCUCCUGAAAGCCCUGGAAGACAUGACAGGCGAUUCGGCCUUCAAGAUCCACAACUGGCUCGCUGUUCACCGCUCAAAUAUUCCACAAACUUUCGGCUAUCACUUCGACCAGGUGUGCACUCAUGACAGUAUAUUCAAGGGUCAAGCUUAUCAUGCACUCGACCUGCUCUAUGUCUUCCUCAAUUUCGAUGAGAGAUUGACGCCAGGCCAGCAGAAGCUUGCAAGAACUAUGGCUGGUAGUUUUAUCGAUUACUCCUAUGGUAAAGAUCCAUGGCCUCGGUUCACUGAUGGUGGUCGAUGGAUGAGGUUUGGGCCGGAUGAGACUAGCAAAGUCGUCACGGAAGCUGAGGAUGAGAACGUACGAAGAUACACUCGUAUGCAGAAGAUUCUCGAUAUGGGUGUGCUGGGAGAGUUCAUCCUGGCUAUUGAUAACAUUGCUUGUAAAAGGGACAAGAUGGGGACUUUCGAUGACGGACCUCGCCAGUUUAGUGAGGAUAUAAAGGCAGAACCGGUAGUCCCUGGUGCUAUCGGAAUCAAGGAAGCAGUCUUAGCUUAG